AUGGCGAGGGAGAGGUCGCCCGGGAGGGGCUGCAGCUCCCUGAGCCGGUGUCUGCUGGGCGCCGCGCUGCUGGUGGGCCUGCGGCUCUGCGCCGAGCUGCGGCGCGCCGGGCCCCGAUCCCUAGCCCGCAGCACCCCGUCGAAUUCGGCCCCUCGGCCGCCUGCGGCGCACUUGCUGCCCGCGCCUGGUCCGCCGCGCGGCGCCAGCAGGAGGCAGGUGACCUACGUGCGCAGCGGGCGCCGAGCGCCGCCGGGGGGCGGCGGGAGCGGUACGCCGGAGCCGGGCUGCUGCGCCCCGCGCGGGCUUCCCCGACGGAAGGGUCCCCGGUGGCACAUAGACCUCCAGCCUUGGGCAGGCCCUGCUCAGUCCCUGGAUGAAGAAGCCUUGAGAUUCCUGAGAUAUAUCAGCACCACUCAGAUCGCAUGUGAUCACAUGAGCACAGACAGCCUGGCCACUGACUCCAGCCCUGCGAAGACGCCCUGGUUAGUUUGUCUUGAUGACAGGUUUGGCUUAGCUCAUCAAAUCCGCAGCAAGCAGUGCCGUCUCUACUCUUUAGGGCUGGGAAGUGAUGACACCCAUUUUGAGGUUAGCAUGGCCAACAAUGGAUGUGAAGUCCAUCGUUUUGACCCUAGUGUUAAAUCAGCUCACAUUCUGGAGAGUCAGCGCCUUUGGUAUCACCGCUUGUCCAUCAACUGGCGGGAUCCUCAUCCAGCUGUUGCUGCCCAAAAACUACACAGCAACACCAGAAAAUUGGGAACAAUUUUGAAUGAAUUUGGGCAUCACAAGAUUGAUGUUCUCAAAGCAGAUCUGGAAAGUGCAGAAUGGAAAGUUUUGGAAAAUCUUAUUCUGGAAGAUGUCCUUGAGCAAAUUGGACAGCUCAUCUUCGAGAUCCAUCUCCACUGGCCUGGGUUCGAGGUCGGUGGCAGCGACAGCAGCGUAGUGCGGUUCUGGUACAGCCUCCUCAAAGAGCUGGAGCUAAAGGAUUUCAGGCUUUUUCACAGUUACAAAGAUUUAUCUAAACCUCAGCUCUUCCUGAAGAAAGACAUUUUCAAUGCGAGUAGCUGUUAUACUCUCAGUUGGGUAAAUACAAGAUGGAAAUAG